AGAGGGCCUGAAUCAGCUGUUUGGCUGUCAUUCUGUGUUUCUUUGGAUUCGGUUCGCGGAGAAUUUGUUUAUUUUCCUGCAUUUUUUCCACGCAAUCAUGCUCAAUCUGGAGCGAAUUCCCGACCAGAUUGGAUACCUGGUCCUCACGGAAGAUGGAGCGGUGUUGGCAUCCGGUGGAGACUUGGAGAACAACGAAGCAAAGGCGAACAUCAUCUCCGGCAUGGUGAAUCUCACGGAAAACAUUGAUCCUCAAGUGUUUCAGAAGAACGGAUGCAAGAGAAUAUCAAUUGUUUACGAUGACUUCAGCUACACAAUUUGCCUAUCCAAUAAGAAAAUCUACGUGGUGAAGAGGCGUUUUCCCGUGACAAAUUAAUUCGUCUAUAUUUACAAUACUUUUCUUGUGACGAGUUAUAUCUGCUUAUCGAAGAAUACAUUCUUUAUAUGUUGAUCACA